GUUGAUGAGAUGGUGCCAGGGACAAAGCCACAUCCCUGAGGAAGUGAUAAGCGGCGAGGCUGCAUGGGAUGGAUGUGCGAGCAACCCUCCCUCUCCAUUCCCCGCAGGCGGGCGGGAGGCGCGCGAAGAAGCGCAGCCAGCCAGUGAAGCGAAUGCAAAGGUAGCGGCUGCUUCCCUCCGGCCCCUCUCGCUCGCAAGGCAGAAGCGCUCGGCCGGGCGCCCCGAAGCCGCCUCAGACCCCGCUGAGGAUCCACCGCCGGCCGUGGCCCCUCGCAGGCGAGCGCAGCCGUGGAGCAUGGCCGCGGGAGGCAGGGGCCGCGGGCGGGGAGCGGCAGCCUCCGCGUGCCUGGCCUGGGCGCUGGCGCUGGCCGUCGCCCCCUUCCCUCGGCGAGUGGACGGCAGAGAAGGCAGAGCGGAGUGGACCCAGGAAAAGUACACUCACCACCCAACCAUUUUAAAUGCAACUAGAAUUCGGCAAGUGGUUAUGCACACUGAUGUCAAUCGGAUGUGGCAAAAUGACUUGCACCCAAUACUGAUUGAGAGAUACCCAGGAUCGCCUGGAAGUUACGCUGUACGUCAGCAUAUCAAGCAUCGUUUACAAGGACUACAGGCUGGCUGGGUUGUUGAAGACGACACGUUUCAGAGCCACACACCUUAUGGAUACCGCACUUUUUCCAAUAUCAUUGGCACCCUCAAUCCCCUCGCCAAGCGUCAUUUGGUGCUCGCUUGUCAUUACGAUUCAAAAUACUUUCCACCACGGCUGGAUGGCAAAGUCUUUGUUGGUGCCACUGAUUCAGCUGUACCUUGUGCCAUGAUGCUGGAACUGGCACGUUCCCUAGACAGACAGCUUCACCCUCUGAAGACAAUCAGCUCAGGCGCCAGGCCAGAUCUCUCCCUGAAGCUCAUCUUCUUUGAUGGUGAAGAAGCCUUUGUACGAUGGACCCCCUCUGAUUCUCUGUAUGGUUCUCGGUCCUUGGCCCAGAAAAUGGCAUCCACACCACAUCCACCUGGUGCCACAUAUACAACCCAGAUCCAGGGCAUUGAUCUUUUUGUGUUGCUGGACUUAAUUGGUGCUCGGAAUCCAACCUUUCCCAAUUAUUUUCUGAACACAGCUCGAUGGUUUGGAAGACUUGAAGCCAUUGAAAAAAAUCUCCAUGAUUUGGGUUUCCUAAAAAAUCAUCAUUCUGAAAGGCAGUAUUUCCGGAGAGACUUACAAGGACAUCCAGUUGAGGACGACCAUGUUCCAUUUUUAAGAAGAGGGGUUCCAGUCCUACACUUGAUACCAUCUCCUUUCCCUCAAGUGUGGCACACUAUGGAGGACAAUGAAGAAAAUCUUGACAAGGCCACUGUAGAUAACCUAAACAAAAUUCUGCAAGUGUUUGUGCUGGAAUAUCUGAACCUAUAAUAAUGCACUUUUGGUACCCACCUAACUGCUUUUUCGCUUUAAAUGUUGCCACUGUCUCUUUUUGGAUGCCUCCAAGGCUUUUGGAUGCUAUAAGGAAUAAAACCCUACUGCCAUAAAUUAAAACUGAAAUAGAGUUACUACAAAAAGUUUGAAAUUUAUCUCUUCAAAAUGCACACAUGACAGAAUUUAACGGUAUUUCUGGACUGCAAUUCCUAUCAACCCUCAUCACUGGCUAUGCUAAGGCUGAUGGCAAUUGCAGUCUGAGAACAUCUGGAAGGCUACAAGUUACCCACUCCUGAUUUAAAGCUAAUUGUGCCUUUGUGACACAGGGUGAAAGAAAGCCCACUCAUUGCAAUUCUUGUAAAAGAAAAAGAUGCCACCAUUUUCCAUUUAGGAAGAAGUACAUGGGAAGUCUUAGUUUGGCCUUGCCACCCUCUCUUCCAAAAUACUAAGAGUACAAUUUCCUUAAUCCAGGGUUGAGCAUUUUGGGAGGACUUGCGAUGCAACUUCAAUGAGGCACUAAAAGAUGCUGAGAAACUCA